GGUACUUUACACAGGGGGAGAGAAAAAUGGCAAUCCGAGGGUCCGUCUCACAAACUUUUGAGGAUUGUUCGCGUAAGAGAACAUGGCCCAUUUGAGGACUUCGCUAAUGCACCUAUAUGUGAGUAUCUUGGGGUUUUAACGUUAUCUCGUUUGGCAAGGGUAAUGAGUCCGCAUGAUAUUUUUUUCCUCGUAUUGGGGAUGAAGAAUGUUCUUCAAUCUGAGGCCUUGGAAAAGUAUUCUUUGAGCGUAUUCUUGAUUGAGAAUUUUGUCACCUCCAUAGUGAGGGAUCUCAAGGAGCUGCCGCCACCAUCGCCUUCCAAACCACGGUCCUCGGUGCUAACGUUAAACCCUCAUGGCUACCCCACCGAGGCAGCUGCAGUAACUGAACUGAAGCUCAUUGAUCGCCUGCAAGAAUUAAAGUAUCGGGUGCUGUGCAUACCGACGUCCCCAACCUUUCCGCUGGUGGACGGCUUUUUCUUUUUGAAUUCACCGCGGAGGACGCUGGCUGGACUGCAGAUGACUAGGGCACAUGCUCACCACACCACAACCAGCACUGUGCGGCAGUUCACUGAGCACCUGUCGUGGUUCUUUACGAAUUGGGAGGAAUUUGCUCAGGGUUUGUCGUGGGAGAUGAUUUAUGUGCAGCACGCAGACAGCACAAUGAUAUCAAAAUGGCAGAGAUGUGGUCCCGUCAAUCCCAAUAAUGAAACCGACGCUGAGAAAGAGAUUGUGGCGUUCCGGGACGGAAGGGUACACCAAUACCAGUUUGUGUUAACACGUGGUUUUUUAAGUAAAAUCGGAGAAAUGAGAACACAACGAUCUUGGGGGAAAGGGAUAGGGAAGAAAGUUGGGGAAAUAAUUGGGGAACAGAGUGCAUUUCGUUCUGGUGAAAUAUAUUGGGAGUAUUUUAACGAUUUUUAUAUGUGUGUGCCUACGGGGUCUAGACAGUGA